CUAAGCGGCAGGAUCGCUAACAACCUUGUAAGGUUGCGAGGUUGCGUCCUUGCGAGGUUUUACUGUAAUUGAAAAAAGUGACUUAUGUGAGCGUUUCAUGACUCAUGACUCAUGAAAUUUCUGAAUCAGAAGUUCUGAUAUAUUCUAUAAAAGAAUAGAAAUUAAACGUUAUCGAAAUUUUGACCAAAUCUCAAUAUCGAUAUCGGAAAAAAAUGAAUAUCAUCCAUCAUUAGAUCAGACUCUGAUCAUCAGAGUCAUCUAUGAACUUUAUAAUCAAUUACCCUAUCAAUCUAUAUGAUUUUGUCUUAUUGCCGCAGAUCUAAAGGGGAUGAGGAUAUUAAAUUAUUCUGUUUUAUCUCUUAUCAAAAUCAAAUAAUUAUUAUUUUUAUUGUGAUUGAUCCUAGUAACCAAAGACUAACAACUUCGCGAGUUAUGGGCGCAAUAGAUUCACUUUUCUCGCCUGACAUUUUGCUCACAUGUGAAGAUGUUUAUGGAAAUAUCGUCAAAUGAAAGUAUCAACUGGCAAAAUGAAGAGAGAGUAUAAGUUUACCUAAAUGGGAUCCAUGUGAUGGUGUCGUGGAGAAUGUAAAAAGUCUUAUCUUGACAACCUAUUCCUACAUGUAUCUAUGUCGUCAUCAAACUCAACCAUUGUGAAACAAUAGAAAUUGGCCUCAAAUUACGCUAAAAUUGAAAACAUUUAACGGUGAUGCGGUAUACAAAGAAAGAUAAUAACAAUUUCUCUGGAAAAAUUUGCAAAGAAUCCUCUUGAAUCUUCAACUGUUACUAAAUGGUACUUUAAAAAUAUCGAUUAAUGAGUUUAGAAAUGGCAGAUCACAACUCACCACUAUCAGAGGCUCUUAAAUUAUAAUUUGAAAAUAUUAAAUUUGCUCAUCUAAACCAAAGACUUCUCAAGGUUCUAGCCAGAUCUGGAUUCGGAAAAUUAUGGACUAUUCAAAAAGAAUCUGUUCAGCUUGGAAGAAUCGGCGUUGACAUGGUUCUUCACUCUUGUUUAGUCACCGAUAAAACUUGUGCUUAUACUUUGAUCGCUUCCAACUCACUUGUGUCCAGUGAUAACAUUCAAGUUUUAAUUGUUACCCUCACCCUCACCCGAGUGAUUGCCUUGCAAGUGUCAGAGAUAGUUAAAACUAUUGGUACAUGCAUCGAAAAUUUAAAAAUAGUUUUAAUAGUAACCGGUGGAUUUAAAGUUUAAAGAGAUAAGGACCACCUGAAUUGGUCUGUGUCAUCUAUCAUUAAUACCGUUUUUCCAAAUUUUUCUUAUCAACAUAUAAUACUUUGAUUGCUUUGAACUCACUUCUGUCCAGUCCAUCAUCAAUUGUGCCUAUUCUUCGAACCCUAAGUUCACUGAAAUCUCUGGAGACUGUUAAGCGGCUCUAGAGAUCUUCAACCUUUAACUGGUUUUGGUACAUUGUCUACAUACAUUGAGAUGAGCCCUUUUAAAAAGAUUCAAUUCCUGCUUUGAACUUGAUUAAAAACUAUUUACAGACCAGAAACACGAGCGCAGAAGGAAAUGGUCAAAUAAGUGACAGUUUUUGCGUCUUUGAAAAAAUUAUAUUUAAAUUUUCGCAAAAAGAUUCUCCAAACGAGACGUUGAUCCAUUCAUCACUCAUUCAACUUGACCAAAUCUUUAACCACUGAUCUAUUAUUAAAGUGAAACCUUCAUUUAUUUUAUUUUUUUGUUAUACUCAGUAUUAUAAGAAAACAAUAGAUGGCGGUACAAGAGGAGCUUCCAAUUAAAUUCGAUAAUUAAUUCGAAUUAUUUUAUUCAUUUAUUUAUCAAGUCUUUCAAAUUUGUGACUGUUUUUGCAAAUUUUCAAGUUUUUCUUCAAAAAAAAGUGUUUUCUUGAAAAUGUCUUCUAACAUUGAUGCUAUGAAAAGAAUCCUUUCCAAGUCACGGCUUUUAGUUUUGAUGGAAAACGAAAGAAUACAAAAUGAAAUAAAUGUUAUGGAAGUGCUAGUGGACGAGUUAAAACAGCUAAUAAAGAGAACCAAUGGUUUCAUCAAUCAACAAAAACUUACUCUUGUCACUCGUGAAUUCCACUUAAAAACAUCUGAAAAUGUUCCUUUUUCGUCAGCAAAUCGUAUUUUUAAAAGUUUACCGGCUUUUCCUGAGAGACCGAGACAAAGACCUAAGAUUUUGGAUUAUCGGUUAAUUUUUUUCCUGUUUACAGAAGGAUACAUUGGAACGAAUUUCGCGAACAUGAAUUAUGCAAAUUCAGAGGAGAGUUCAAACGAGGAAAAUUCAAGUGAGAACGAAAUUGAAGAAUCUUCACGAGAAGUUCACGAGUCUUCAGAAUCUCCAGAUUCUUCUAGUUCUCCAGAUUCUCCUGGUUCUCCAGAAUCUUCUGAUUCUCCAGAAUCUUCUGAUUCUCCAGAAUCUCCUGAUUCUCCUGGUUCUCCAGAUUCUCCUUACUUUCAAAAAAUCAAGAAUCCCGGAAUGUUUUUACGUUUUUACUAAAUGAAUUAAGCAGGGUAUAUUAUUGUAAAUUGCUCAAUUUUCUGUAAGUAAAAAAUUCUAAUAAAAAC